AUGAACAAAACACCCGAUCAAGUUCGGGAAUCUCUGAACCGCCUCGAGGCCGGUCUCGAGAGACCUUCCGCCGUUCCUGUACCUGACCCCCUCACAACCAAGCGCGGCCUGUCCGUUGUUGGCCGUUACGCCUUCGACAACGAGAAUGUCCCGCUCAACACACGGCGCAUUGCCGCGCGGUGUUUAAACAACAUUAUUGUGCUAGCUCAGCCAAUGCGCCAAGUUUUUGUCGAUGAGGGCUAUCCCCAGAAGGUCGUCGCGCGAUUAAAGAACGGUGAGCCUGACGAUGAACUUGCUUGCGGCAAUCUUCUUCUCUUCUCCUCCGUACAAACUACGCUCGAUCUCAGUCCAUCAUUUGAGAACGAUGGCCUAGCAGAGUUGAUCAACAAUAACCUCGCCCGUCAUGCAAAAUCCGAAUCACCACUGACCGACGACCCCGCCCAACCUUGCGUCGCAAGCUUGAAACUCAUGUCUACCUUAGCAGUCAGUUACGAGGCCCAAGCCCACCUCUUCAUCCCCUCUGUCCAGUCCGUUUUCGACCUCCUCGACAAGGUCACCAUACCCACUCCGCCUAUGCAGCUCCCCGUCUCUCUACUAGUAGGCUGCUUGGCCUCCGUUCCGUUCCACGACAAGUCUAGAAAGGGCGUUUCCUUCCCCAAGGCCAACGUGGGGAAAUUGAUAGACGUGGUAGAUGCUUCCCUCAGGAGCUAUGCAGGGAAGGCUGGAGAGAUGAAUUUGUUGACUCCAAUGGUGGCCCUACACCGUGUGGCGCAAGCAGCAGAUCUGGAGUCGGAUACUAUAAAACAGCUGAAAGAACGCCUACUCCCCUCAGAGGAGGACCGGAAAGAAGUGCUUGGAAGGGGCCAAACGCUUCCACAUAGGCUGUUGCGCUUCGGCGUAAACUCGACGUCUCCCGAGCUAAGAGAUCCUACUCUAUCUCUCCUCUUCGAACUAUCCAAUAAAGACCCCCGAGAGUUUAUCCGCAACGUGGGUUUCGGAAAUGCCAUCGGAUAUCUCACUACGAAGGGCAUCAACGUCUCGCAGGAGGACAUGGCAGCAGGCGGCGGUGACGUCACCGAUACCCGGCCCAUUAACCCGAUCACUGGACAGAGGAUGGACAUGGAGGCGGAAGUCGACUUACCCGAGAUGACGGAUGAGGAGAAGGAGCGCGAGGCUGAGAGAUUGUUUGUUCUUUUCGAAAGAUUGAGAGCAACAGGCGUUGUCAACGUGGAGAACCCGGCAGCUCGAGCGGCGAGUAUGCCCUCUGUGGAGGAAGUCGAAUCUAGUGAUGACGAGAAGAAAUAG